AUGCCCGGCUUUCAAUACUUCAUCUAUAUCUACCGCCUCGAGACUCCACACCGACUUUAUGUUGCUAAUUUGGAGGAUUUCGAUCGGGAGUUAAGCAACUACGUGAAAGGCCCUUAUGUGAAGCAAAAGUAUAUCGACUACUUGGGAUGCCAAGGGGCCAAUCUCACCGAUACCGAUGACUACUACGCUCGCUAUACCACCAGUACAAUUUGCAGCGGACUCGUUCAAAGCUCCAUCAACGACUGCAGACUUUCUGCUCAGCAAUCGCGGCCACUUUGCGCAGAUACGUGCGCGCUAAUGGCCACCAGCGAGGGGGAGAUUGUGAUCAACGCCGCCCUUUGUCCGAAAAAGAGUAGCGGCUACAUGAGUCAAAUCCGCUCAGAUUUCGCCAUCUGCUCAGGACCUGCCGAUUCACUUACUGGUACCUGUAUUUCAGGCGCGGACAACGAAUCCACGGAAUGUGGAUACGGACCCAAUUUGAUAGGAUUGUGUGGAUAUUGCGGAGCCAGUUCGCCCAACUCGACCGAUAUAUGCUGCGUCAAUGCGAAUGUUGAAACUCGAUGUAAAGAUGUCACACUUCCGACUUCGACUGCGACUUUACCACCAAUCCUCACUUCAACUGCCAACUCAACGGCUGGUACCGGUACCCAUCAUGGUCUUUCAGGGGGACAAAUAGCGGGAAUUGUUGUUGGAUCUGUCGUGGGAGCCGCGUUGUUGGUUGCGCUGAUCAUUCUAGCUUUCAUCUUGCGACGGAGACGCAGAUCCCAGGAUUACAGUGCACUGAACAAACCCAAUCCACAGCGAAAGGGCUCGCCGUCCAUGCAAGGAAACAAUCAUCAACCAGGGGCUGCUUUCAUUCCAGGUGGCCGGGUGGCUCGGAUGUCUGCUCUGCGCGAGGCCCCAAGUUCCUCUCCAGCACGUUCUCGCAAUUCCGCCGCCAUUUUCGGGGGUGCCAAAUCCAGCGAUACGUCGGACUCGGAAGGCUACGGAGCCAGUCCUGGAGCGAUGUCAAAGAAGAUUCCCCCUGUCACUGGCAGACGCCAUGGAUCUCUUUCCAGCAAUUCAGCUUUAGCUGGGGCCUAUCCUGAUUCGUCUCCCCGCUCAGGCACCAACCAGUACUCUUCACCAGAAGGCAUCACCAGUGGACAGUCGGAACAACUAUCUUCGUUCCAAGAUUAUUACUCGCAAGAUGACAUUCAACCUGGUGACAAGGUCGCUGUUCUUUGGGCCUAUCAACCACGGGCAGGGGAUGAAUUUGCUCUUGAGCGAGGAGACAUGUUGAAAGUGAUUGGCAUUUGGGACGAUGGCUGGGCGACUGGUAUCCGUGUUCCCGAAACAGCAGAUGACUACGACACCAGACAUCGUGAGCAGCGCGACAGCGGAGUAUCCAAUGGCUCCCGAAGACCAGCGACGUCCCCAUCGCCCACUGGGGAGAUCAAGGCAUUUCCCCUGGUCUGCGUCUGCCUCCCCCAACACUGGAGAAAGAUUAUCGAUGGUGGUGAAAAUGAUGAAGAAGGCUCUUGA